CAACAGGAUGGCGUCCUGCUUGUUUCUCAUGCUUCUUGGAGGCAUUUUCUCUUCAGAAUUUUAACGUCUGAGUUGCACGGCCUCUGAAAUGUAUCGUGAGAGACUGCAUGGGCCGAGGAUUCACCAAAAUUCACAGGUCCUCGACGACGGGCCUCGCGUCUGGAAGAUCAGGUAUAUGAUGGUGCCAAGCCUUCAAAAAGCUGUCGGGCGAUAACGUGCGGCCACCGAAUCCCCAAUCAUGGCUAACUAUUCCGAGGGUAUGCCCGAGCGCGACCCUGGGUUUUUGGGCGACCGGCCGCGGAGGCCGACCGGCGACACAACUGCGGAGCAGAGCAACCCCUCAGGCGAAAGCACAUUUGAGUGCAGCAUUUGCCUCGAACCUCCUACGGAACCUGUCGUCAGUCCCUGCGGACAUUUGUUCUGUCGCCAAUGUCUGUACCGGUGGAUGGAGACGUCGCCCAACCUCGUCCCAUGUCCCGUGUGCAAGGCCGGCAUCAGCAGUUUCAUUCGUCUGUACGGGAUGAAAGAUACCAGCGCGGAAAGGUUACGGGGAAAAGAGGAAGCGGAAGAAGCGAAACUCAGGGACGCGGUAGAAGACGCGUUCCGUCAAUACGACGACCGAAUAAGCCGACUGGUCGGGAACCGUCUGAUCAGCCAGCAGGACCUUCUCGAUGCGAACGAGAAAAUGCAGGAGGACGCUUUCCGCAUAUUAUCUAGAGAGCGGUGGCAGUUCCAACAACUUCUGGAAAAGUUCAAGGAGGAAUUAAAAAAUCGUAUCCAAACUCGGUAUGAGUUCUAUGCGAAAAAGAGAGAUGAAAGGGAGAGAGAAGCAGAAAAGGAACUUAGUUACGUUAUGACAUCAGCUGCCUGGGAUUACGACACCCGAAUGAGCCGACUGUGCGAAUCAGCCUCCAUCAGCGAGCAGGAGCUGAGACAGGGACAUGCAGAAUAUUGCAGGCUGGCGAUCGCAGCUUUAUUGGAAACGGGAUCACAAUGCCCACAUCUUUCCACGAAGUUCAAGGACGAGCUGGAGAAGCUCCUAGAUGACAAAUGCGAGGCGAGGAUGAAAGAAACAAGGGAGCUUAGAAGCACAGUGGACAUAGCCUUCAGGCAGUACGUGGUUGAGAUGAGCCGAUUAACCGGAGCUUAUCUCAUCAGCGAGCGGAACCUCAUCGAAGCAGACAAAAAGCUUCGGAAAGAAGCAUUGGAAGUCGUCGCCAAUACAGAAUCACAAUACCCCAGCCUCUUGAAGACAUACCAGGAUCAACUUGAAAAGCUCAUAGACGAGGAGUACGAUAAGCAGAGGAGAGCCCGAGAUGCGAAAGCGAAAGAAGUGGAAAUGGAACUCAUCGAGGCCGUCCAGCUCUACGAUGGCCGAAUGAACCGAUUCCUGGAAGGCCCUUCCCCGAAGGAAAAGAAGGAGCUAUGGACUCGACACUUGGAGUAUUCCCAGCACGCCCUUGGGACGCUCUCAGAGGGGAGGAUACGAGACCCCCACGUUAUAAAGCGUCAUUUCAACGCAUUGAUUGAAGUAUUGGCUCAAAAGCAUGCCGAGAGCGAGGAAAGACGUCGCGCUGCAGAGGAAAGAGCAGAGUUCCAGAUGGAGAAGGCGUGCUGGAGCGCCGCUGAAGAGUACAAGAGGAGGAGGAACGAGUUCUACGGAGAAGUGGUGGUGAAGGGAGGGACGCUGAUGGAAAUUCACGAGAAACAGAUGGAAGCGACUUUGAAACGUUUUCGGAACAAUAGUCGCUCUGUCGCGGAAUGGCUUGUCAAGGAAUACGAGGAAGUCUUGGUAGAGGUAUUGGCUCAAAAGCAUGCCGAGAGCGAGGAAAGACGUCGGGCUGCAGAGGAAAGAGCAGAGUUCCAGAUGGAGAAGGCGUGCUGGAGCGCCGCUGAAGAGUACAAGAGGAGGAGGAACGAGUUCUACGGAGAAGUGGUGGUGAAGGGAGGAACGCUGGUGGAAAAUCACGAGAAACAGAUGGAAGCGGCUUUGAAACGCUUUCGGAACAAUAGUGGCUCUGUCGCGGAAUGGCUUGUCAAGGAAUACGAGGAAGUCUUGGUAGAGGUCAGUCUCCCGGACCCUUCCUUUUGCGAGACAGUCCGAUGUUGAAGAAAAACACCUCUUCACAGGCUCUUAACACCUGGCACCAGGAUUUGGAGGGGAGGAUGGCGGAGGAAAGGAUGAAGAGAAUGCAGACAUUUCUCGUGAUUCUGUCGGUUGUUGUCCUUGGGGGCGCAGUAGCCGUGGCUCUCAUCAAUAAUGUUUUGGGAACAGUUGUGUUUAUCGGAAGUUGCAUCAUCGGAUGGUGGUGGUUUUCACGCACCUCAGCAUCAAGGUGGCACGAGGUCAAUGUAGGCAGAGUCCCUAAAAAUCCGUACUGGACGCGAGAGAGAAGACUAAAAAAUAUUAGGUAAAGUCGCAUUUUUCCAGUCCUCUGGGUGAAAUACGUAUUUGGCGAAGCCCUAAUGCGACUCUCCACGUCGACGUUGCGGGAUAUCAAUCCGCGAAUAUGCGGACCAAACCCGUCGUCCCCUCUGUCCCGACAUCGGUCAACCAAGAAAAACGCAUAGCCUCUGCAGGAGCAAGGGGGAACGCUCUUUCACUGUUCGCAUCGUGCAUUCGCACAAGGCAAAGCACCCAUUCUAGUGUAAAUGAAAAGCCCUGGCCGCCGCAACAUCGGAAUCACACAACCGAGAGACCGGAUCGAAAAGAGGUUCUUCGAAAUCCAAGCCAAUUCGCAAUCACCCUUUUCCUCUCAUUUAAAAUGUAUUGCAACCCCUCAUUGUCAUCAACUCGAGAUCCUCAACAUUCGUCAGGACGAUACCGAGUCGGUUCUUCUUCACAUCGUCUCAAUAUUGAAAUUCAUCGAUCUGGUCUGAUUUGCAAUAAAAUUGAACACUCAUGGUGUGCCCGUG